UUCAACUGGUAGAGUAUCCAAAAACAAUGAUCACUUGUUGUAUUUUGGGACUCAAUCUCCAAAUUAAUCAAAUAUCUAUCCAAUAAGGUCAUCCGGCUAUUUCUAGCUGUUGUUCUGAAUGAGUUCACCCUCGUCGUCUAACCAGUGGGAAGAAGGUGACUCUGCUGUUCCAUUGAAGAAAUCUACGGACCUGUGAUAUAAGAGAUGUCCACGAGAGGGAGGCAAAGAGCCACGUUCUCCGUCUGUCCGUUCGUUGCUCUUUGAGCAAGUGUAACAGAACCUGAGUGAGGAGUGAACGUUCCCUGUUCCCCGUUCCUGUUCCCUUUUUUGAUCGCUCCACGAACGUGUCAGGAGUCUUUUUUGUCGAAUCUUUGCGAGCGUCCCGGAGGAGACGGCGGAACAAUUGCGAAAGUGGGUCACGCGGCUAGCGGAGGAAAUCUGACUUAUUUAGCUAAAGUCACAUGAUUGACUUUUGACACAAAGGCGGUGAAUUUCUUGUCUUCGUCAGGAAAACAAAGAAGAAGAAAGGAAUAGUGUGACGUCGCCAAUGAACAUUUGGCUUGGAGUCAUUAUCUGAGGAGUCAUUUUGAGUCAUUAUUUGAAUCCACUUGCUGCACUGGAUUGGCAUGUCAAUGCAGGUUCUACGACGCUAAUUCAAUUAGUAAACGACGUCAUUCUGUAACUGGUGUGGCAUAUGCAGUAUUACUAAGAAUGGGCACCGUUAAGCUAAUGCUUUUUUUUUUGUACUGUGCAUAUUCCCGCCACUUGGGAGCUUCUGAAAGUAACUAAAAAGUUUCUUUUUUCCGAGGUAACGAGGGCAACGCUCGUCACCUUUCGCGUGCAGACGCGCCCGGUGAAAUUUCCCAAAAUGCAAUCCGUUGGAGGGACGGAGGGAGGGCGCAGAAAGAAAGAAAGAAAGAAAAAAAAGGCCGCUCAAUUCACAUGGCAGAGGCGGCGAGCUAAAAAGAGGCACCGCCGGGAAGGAGCGUGACACAAAAGAGAGUGACGAGCGAGCGCGCCGGCAGGUUUGGCGGCGCAACCGCGAUGAGCAAAUAGCGGCAGACAGACAGACAGACAGACAGAGAAAGAGCGACGCCACCGUGGAAGGGAAGUCAGAGGACGAGGGCAGGAUGAGCGUCCGUUGGGAGACGGAGGGCCUGCAGACGGUGGGCAUCGUGUGUCUGGUCAUCAUGUUCCUCAAACUGAUGCACCUGCUGGGCCUCAUCGAUAUCACUGAGACGGAAAGCAGCGACAGCGAUCUGGAGCUGUCGACGGUGCGGCACCAGCCGGAGGGUCUGGACCAGCUGCAGGCUCAGACCAAGUUCACUAGGAAGGAGCUUCAGUCACUCUACAGAGGCUUCAAAAAUGAGUGUCCCAGCGGGCUGGUUGAUGAGGAGACGUUCAAGUCCAUCUAUUCUCAGUUCUUUCCCCAAGGAGACGCGACCACGUACGCUCACUUCCUCUUCAACGCCUUCGACAUCGACCGGAACGGCUCGAUCCGCUUUGAGGACUUUGUCAUCGGCCUGUCCGUGCUCCUCAGGGGUUCCGUCACCGAGAAGCUCAACUGGGCUUUCAACCUUUAUGACAUCAACAAAGACGGCUACGUCACCAAGGAGGAGAUGCUGGCAAUAAUGAAGUCCAUUUACGACAUGAUGGGCAGGUACACGUACCCGUGUGUGCGAGACGAGGCUCCGUCUGAGCACGUGGACAAGUUCUUCCAGAAAAUGGACAGAAACAGAGACGGCGUUGUAACCAUUGAAGAGUUCAUCGAGACCUGCCAGAAGGAUGAAAACAUCAUGAACUCCAUGCAGCUGUUUGAAAACGUUAUCUAAUUUAUCAUCAGGAUCCUCUGACCAUGUUUUUUUUUUUUUUUUUUUUUGUAAUUGAUAUUUUUUCUUCACACAGCAGACCCUCACAAACACAACACACGCAUCACUCAUGGCACAAACACCAAAUAGAUGACAUCUCGCCACUUAAUGUAAGUAGCAUAAAGAUAAAGAAAGGAGUUUUCUAUUUCUCACCAGGAUUCUUUUUUUUUUUUUGGGGGGGGGGGGGGUCAUUAUCUAUCCGGCAGCUCCAUAAAGGACACGAGACGGGCUUCCUGGCGAGAGCGCACACCCUUUAUGUGUUCUGUGCCCUUAAAAAAAGCCACAAAAGGACUUUUGUUAGCAAAGUGAAAGAAGAGCUCAUCGCCAAAUGAAAGACAAGACAAAGGCCUCACAGACGCCGCACAAAGUCGGCCGCGCUAUGACCAAACGCAAAGUCAAAAAGGUGAAACGAUCGCGUUUGCCACGGGAAAUUAAGAUUGCGCUCGGGGUUCACGUUUAGGCGCCUUGUCAAUAUCUGCUCAAGGGCAUGUUUGCGUAAAUACGCUGUCGACUUUGGAAACAAUUCUGACCUGGACAUGAAAAUGUUGGGAAAAAAUGUUUGGCGUCAUCAUCCCACAGAAGCCAAGCAGAUUGCCGCCGUCUUUUUUUUUUUUUUGUAUUUUACGGAGACGACUUUGAAAAUUGUAAGCUGCGGAGACUUGACGUUAUCUGUGCGCUACUGUGACGAACGAGCUCUGUAAACGUCGACUUUAUGUUGGGUCUUCGGUGUCUGCUCGCAUGCUGACUUCAAGUGCCACGGUUGAGCCCGGCCACACCUUUGUGACGCGGCUUAAUAAAAAAAGCACUCGGCUGCUGUGA